GCCGUAGCUUUCGCGUCGGACGCACGCGAGUACUGCACCGCGAUCGAAUAGUGUGGAUGCGUUAAUUUGAAUUUAUUAAACGAGUGAUUUUUUUCCCGCACUAUAAGGUUUUUGCUGGCAGGUCGUCGGACAGCCAACGAUGCAGAACUUCAUAAGAUCGGCAACACUGCUGCUCGCUGUAGCAGCAAUAUGCGCCGCACCAGCAUCCUCACCCAACGACAACCAAACCUUAGACAGGAAGGACCCCACCACUCACGAGCUUCUCAGCUCACUCGGUCUCAAGAAGCUUAGGAUACCCGCUGCUCAUCACCGAAAGCGCUUAGCCGAACAGGGCAGAAGGCACGCUACCGGCGAUUCAAGAAUGUACGUGAUAAAACUACCCCCGAAUAUGAACUACUACAGCCAUCCAGAACCAGCCCCAGCUGCAGCUAGAACUCUUCCACUCCAAAUGAAGAGCAACGGGAAACCAGCCCGAGUGUACCACUGGAACCUACCAGUGAUACAGAAGCUAGCGAAGAACCGGCCUCAAGCGAGAUUCGAUGACGACGUGGUAAAUGUAGAGAGUACACCCACAUGGCCGAAACAUCCGAACGCGAUCGACGCUUUGGCGUACUACGUGCCAUCAAAGAAGUCCUCAUUCAGGAAAUACUUCUCUGGUAACGGGAAACCUAAAUCCUUUUACGUAAUCGAAAAGGAUAAGAGCUCCGCCGAAUACCAUAGGUUACUCCCGUAAUUCGAUCGUUGUGAUAAUGUUUUUUUUUAAGAAUGUUUUUUAAAAUUAUUGCAUGAGAAUUGCCGGUAAAAUCACCCUCUUGCAUUUACAAUGAAUAAGAUCUCAUUUACCUGCCCCAUACCCAAUUUCAAGUAAAUAGAGCUAUCUGAAACAUUUAAACGUAAUGCAGUUACAACUUUGAAAACAAUUUUAUACUACUCUAUUCUUCUAUAAACAAUGCCUAUAGCUAGGUACAUAUCAUAAAUCAAAACAUCGAAAUCGUUAGAUAAAAAUUAUUGUAAGUUUUUAUGCGCAUCUUUGCUAGACCAUGAUUGCGUUAUUUACGGUUUAAAAAAAAGUGAGAUGGUAAACCAUCUAAGGCUUUACUAAAGACACUUCUUGGUAGACUAAACACGCCUUUGCGAACAAAGUUAAGAACUCUCGGGCAUGCACGUUUCCUUAAAAUGUUUCCUUCACCGUUGUAGCAAGUGAUAUCUAAUUGCGUUUAACUUGCAUAACUCUGAAAGUUUAAUUUGAGUGCCGACGCGACGAUCAAACCCUGUCCCCCGGAUAAGAACGCUGAAGCAUCGGCCACAGACUAUAACCGCUUCAACUAGGGUCAUAAACUUUACAUUCAACUUGGGCCAUAAACUUUACAUUACACAACGUAAUGAUGACGAAGAUAUUUUUCAAUGUGUUUUCAAAGUACUUGUAAAGUUUUCAAAGAUGCGCUGAUGUUAUAUUGUCAUCAAAUUAAACUUUUGAUUUCAAAUAUUUACGCAGUUGUCAAAUUUAAACGUUUGGAUCCACAAAAAUGACAGAUUUACGCGAACGUGAAUUUGAAACAUUAGUUGACAGAAAGCCUUAUUAGCAUAACAACGUUAGUUACGCGGCACUGAACUAUCAACGCCUAUACAAGUAAUAACUGGAAAGUAAUGGCAAAUAAGUGCUCUUCACGGUGCACAAAUUACGCGAAUGAGAAAAGACAAAGGUUAUUGUUAUCUAACGCAUUCCAUGGGUAAAUCUAAUAAUUAAUUAUUAUUUAUGAGAAUAGAGAGAAAAAAAAAUAGGUAAAUAGCAGUAAUUCCUUUAUUACUAUGUCGAUACUCAUUAGUGGCAAUGACCACAAUGUUAUUAAACAUACAAUAGCUGUUAUAAAGUCACAAAAUUAAUUUAUUUCAUUGUUUAUCACUGAAGUUCAUAAUUUAGAUGCAAACAGUCCUCCAAAUUCUAACUUUCAACAUUUAUGGACGAACAUUUUUUUGUAUUUCAUAGACAAUUGCUGAAACCCCCUUUACUGAAUGGGGUUUUAAACAUUAUAGUCUAUUAUUUUACAUAAGAAAUUUAAUAUGAUAAAGCCAUUUGACAAUUCAAUUUUCAAAUUCGGCCAGCCAGCACUUAGCUCCUAACAUACUCGUAUGUCAAAUUGGGGCGUCCUUUUUUCUAUGAAAUAUAUAAAGGUUGAAUUCGCCGCAAGGCAGCUUAAUUGUGCCCUAAACGAGCCCCUAUUUUAACUAUGAUUUCUAGUGUUAAUAUGAUACUAUGCUUCUAUUUCAAAAAUAAGUAAUAAAUUACAUUCUAAAAGUUAUUCAAUACUUUAAGUAGCAAUGUAAGCUCAUAAUUACAAUCUUAAUAACAGGACAAAAUAUAAUACUUCCAGCUAUACUUAAUUGUGAAUAAUUGUCCUUUAUAAUCAUUAUUAUAUUCAAGAGGCCGUGGGAAAUUUUGGGAAGAUGCUUGAUAAAAAUUUAAUGUAUGUUUACAUGUAAUUUUUUACGAGGAACUUUUUGCCUAUAAGUUCAAUAAGACAACUAUAUGAGUUAAAACAGUUUUAUAGAUUUUUAAUAACUUAGUUCCGAACGUACUAAGCGAACGAACAUGCUAUUACUAUUUAUCUUCACAGUAUUGCUUUUUAUUCAUGGUACAGCCUGUAUAGCAGAGUUAUCUUAAAAGCAUUUAUUGACAUAAAUCUUGAAAGGUCUUUAUAAAAGUCUAUUUUUAUUACUACAGUAUUUAUUCACUCAUUCUUCGUGCUAAUUUCGAGGAAUUUCACUCUAUUAUCUUGCCACUGUACCAGCAUCUAAGACAUACAUGAUUUCCAUGAGUUUGAUACUUACCAUGAACCCGAAAAAUUGUUGUCAAUGUAUAAAUUCAGCUAGAAUAUAUUAGACUGAACAACCAUGUUACUAACGUGCAGAUUUUAACAAGCACGUCCUUUAAAACUGCUACGGCCUCUCGGGCCAUUAUGGAGAAAUCACUCCUGUAAAUAAAUGCUAUGCUUAAGUAGGUUAAGUAAUCGAUAGGUGCUUAGAUAUUUUAUUAAGACUGCGUCACGAAUUUAAAUUAUUAUGUAGAGAUAAGGAAAUGAUGCCACAAAUAAAAUUAUAAUGUUCCAUGCGCUUCCAAAAUGGAGACAGAAAAAUCUCUUUCUGAUUUUAAUACAAUAGAAAACUUAAGUAUCUACUAUGUAUUAUUUUAUUUUGUACUAGCGCUUAUACCCUUUUAACGCUAUUGUAAACUUACUAAUACUAAAAAUAAAUAGUACUGACAAUUGUAAGUGAAAUUAUUACGUGUAGCAAGUCUCUAUUUUGGAAAAUUGAGGCUCCGAACUGCAUUUAAUUAACUGGUCAAGUUAGUUUUUAUAAAUGACUUGUAUUCGAUUUUUAAAUUUCAAGCUCAAAGUCUGGCAGAAGGCAACUGAAACAACGUAUCGAAAGAGUCAUGUAAUCUUACUUCAAUUUUAUUAGUAGUAUUCUGUAUUUUGUAAUUUGUCAUGUAAAUGU